UUGACAGAUUAAAAUGACAGCCGGACAGCUGGCAAACUGGGAAUGUUGUAAUUUGUAAAUAAAUUGAAAAUCUUUGAAAAUUUCACAGUCUAAUAGUACCAACGCAACAUUUAACAAUAGAAAAGUGUUGUGUAAUUUGUAAAAGCUAAGAGAUGAGUGCUGAUAAAACUGUAGUGCUAGUUACUGGAGGUUCUGGCCUAGUCGGGCAGGCGAUCAGAACCGUGGUAGAAGAAGAAAAAUCAAAUGGAACCGGCGUCCCAGAUGAAACGUGGGUGUUUUGUGGGUCGAAAGAUGGCGAUCUCAGGGAUAAAGGGCAAACAGAGGCAUUGUUUGAGAAGCACAAGCCCACACAUGUAAUCCACUUGGCAGCCAUGGUGGGGGGGCUCUUCCACAACAUGGCACACAACCUGGACUUUUUUAGGGAGAACAUGGCAAUAAACGACAAUGUAUUACACGCAAGCUUCAAAUUCGGGGUGAAGAAAGUGGUGUCCUGCCUCUCCACAUGUAUAUUCCCAGACAAGACCACAUACCCCAUUGAUGAGACUAUGGUGCACAAUGGGCCACCCCAUUCAUCAAAUUAUGGUUACAGUUAUGCAAAACGUAUGAUUGAUAUUUUAAAUAGGGGUUAUCACGAGCAGCACGGGCGUACGUUCACGUCGGUGGUGCCGUGCAACGUGUUCGGGCCGCACGACAACUUUCGCCUCGACUCGUCGCACGUCAUCCCGGCGCUGAUACGCCGCAUGGAUACCGCUCUCAAUGACGGUGCGCCAACAUUCACGGUGCUUGGCAGCGGCAAGCCGCUCCGGCAGUUUAUCUACUCUUUGGACUUGGCUCGGCUGUUCGUGUGGACGCUGCGACACUACGACAGUGUUGAACCGCUUAUAUUGUCAGUGGACGAAGAAGACGAGGUGCCAAUUAGCGCAGUGGCAGAAGCUAUCAAGAAAGCGCACGGCUACACCGGCCAGAUCGUCUACGACACCAGCAAAGCCGACGGCCAGUACAAAAAGACCGCUUCCAACAAGAAACUGCGGUCUCUUUGCAAAGACUUCCACUUCACGCCAUUCGAGCAAGCCAUACAGGAUACUGUGGAUUGGUUUAAGAAAAAUAAGGAGCAGGCGCGGACGUGAUGCAGUUGACAGGUUAGGUACAGUCACCGUCAAAUAGUUCGUGACACCCAGUGACCGAAAAGUUGACAACACAACCUUAUUCCAAUGAGGGCCAUCGUUUUAGCGCUCACCAGUUAGCGCCACUGUAGAGUAAGGUCCUGUCACUUGCUAGUAGCGAAGACAGUGGCACCACCUGGUGAGCGCGAAAGUGGUAGGAGGACUAUCGCAUUUGCACUCAUCAAGAUGGCGCCACUGUAGAGUAAGGUCCUGUCAAUCGCCAGGGGUGCCAACUGUUAAGUAUAAAAACGAUAGCCCUCAUUGUAAAAGACGUGUUGCGAACUUUUUGGCUACUUUGGGUGUCACGAAAUAUUUGACGCUGACUAUGCAGACGACGGCACAUCGAAAAGACACCUUAAGCAGUUGUAACAGGAACAAUAAUUUGUCUGUGCUAUCGUCUUAUUUUUUUACAUGCGUCCGGCAUUUGUUUGAGACAGGUCUCGAACAAACGCCGUAAGCAUUGAAUAAGUUUCAAAGUGUUUUCGUUGUUAUUAUAAUAAAAUGUUUAUGGACCAAUCCAAA